CAGCCAGCAUAAUGCGAUACGAAGAUAACUACUAGCUUGAACUGGGUCUUCCUUUUUCCUAUAGGUACAUAUAUUUUUGGAAAUCGUUUAGGAUAUUGUCUUCUCUACUUCACAGGUGUUCACCUCGCCAUGCCGUCGCCAUUCCUUACUCCAGGCUCCACGGCCAGGGCAGAUUCUUUGGCCAUGCUCCAUUUGCGGCGAAAUCUGCUGAUGCCCACGGUGCUCAAGACUCACGAUGACGAAAACCUUGGUUAUGACGAAGGGAAAGUGACCAAUACGCGCUUUGGCUCGUUUCCACACAGCACAUUGAUCGGACAGCCUUGGGGCUCGCAGAUUGUUGCAUCCAAGGUCGACACAGGCUCGCGGGGACGUAAAUUACCCAAGAGGCAGCCUCCCACCUUAAAGCGGAAAGCAGAUGAAAUGGAUAUUUCUGAGGCCAAUGUUGAUGAUGAUGAUGCGAAACUAACGGUACCCAAAGCUGCUGUCGCUGCAUCUAGCGGUUUUAUUCACCUUCUCCCUCCCACACCCGAAGCUUGGACUGCCUCCCUCCCCCACCGAACGCAAGUAGUAUAUACCCCCGAUUACAGCUACAUAUUACACCGAAUACGCGCUAGACCUGGAAGCACCCUGAUUGAAGCAGGUGCAGGAAGUGGAUCAUUCACCCAUGCGGCUGCGCGGGCGGUGUUUAACGGAUAUCUUUCAGAAACAAAACCCGCGAGCAACAAACAUCUCGGAAAAGUGUGUAGCUUUGAGUUCCAUGUGCAACGGGCGGUGAAAAUUCGUGAAGAGAUUCGUGAUCAUGGACUGGAAGGUAUUGUCCACGUGAACCACAGGGACGUCUACAAUGAGGGGUUUUUGUUAGGGGAGCCGUUCAAAGGCGAAUCACCCAAAGCCAACGCGGUCUUCCUGGACCUCCCGGCUCCAUGGCUUGCGCUGAAACACCUUGUUCGAGAACCAGCUGAUGGAUCUCCAUCCCCCCUUGACCCAUCGUCACCUGUAUAUAUUUGCACAUUCUCACCAUGUCUGGAACAAGUCCAGCGGACCAUUAGCGUGCUGCGGCAACUUGACUGGAUAUCGAUAUCGAUGGUUGAAAUAUCCCAUCGGAACAUUGAGGUGCGGAGAGAGCGACACGGGGUUGAAGGUGAAGGGGGUCGAGGUACCAUUCCCGGUCCUCGAAACGUAGAAGAAUCGGUAAUCAAACUUCGAGCCAUUAAGGAACGUGGGACAGCUUUCCAUGCCAGCCAGGCACAGAGCGAGGCCGAAAGCGGACCUGCAUCCACUUCCAAAAACGAAACAAAAAACAAGAACUACAGUGGUGACGAUGGCUAUGGCCAGAGUGUCAAGGAGGAUACCAAAAUUGCCGACCCGGAUGGUACCGGCAAGCCUGACGUAUCAUCAAUAUCAUUAACGUCGACGCAAACAACCUCGUCUGAACAACCUCCGUUGCCAACCUACAAACAAGGGAAUAUCAUACAUCGCAGCGAGCCCGAUCUCAAGACUCACACUUCGUAUCUUGUCUUUGCCAUUUUACCCGUCGCAUGGUCGGAAGAAGAAGAGAAUCGAUGCCGGGAGAAGUGGCCGAGUGUUGCGAAGUCCCGCGCUGCUGAUGGGGCGCUAGGGGCACCGAAGCGCAAGAAGUAGGUGAAACGGGAAGCUAGGGCUGAGAAAAAGAUGGCAAAGAAAGCGGAGGAGGAAUGAUUUAAUGUCCUCGGUGAAAUAUAUGUACUAGUGAUUACCAGGGCUCCAUAACAUACGUCAGAUUAACUGGUAACCAUAUCUGAGAAUUUUCACUCGCCGCACAAUUAUUUGCAUAAGUAGGCAUUUAAUAUUACGAGACGGCGAAUACCCACAAUAUGUAUGAACAUCUAUCCUGCUACCGAAAAAGAAAUAUUGGUGUCUUUUUUCAUAAAACAUCAUCCAGAAAUCAUAACCCAAAAUUUAGAAAUCCCUAAUUUGUUCUCGUUAUUCUCGUGGCAAAAAAAAUGCAAAGCGCUCGAGGCUCUAUUUACAAGCAAGCUGGCUUGAAAUAAAAAGGUAUUAAGUUAUGGUAUAAUAUGGUGAAAUAGUGGCCGGGCCCCCCCGCGGGGGGGGCGGGGGGGGGGGGAA